GGCUCGGCACUCCGCGUGGCAGACGGGAGCUACCAGCUGGCGGGAUGCCGCCCCCUCGCCAGGAUUGCAGACAUUGCCGCCGAGUACCCCUCCCACGACGCCAUCGUGCUAGGCGGGACGCAGCUGAGCAACACAGGCGAACUUGUCGAGCCAGAAAGAAUUAUGGAUUCGUUUCGGUGUUAUCAGUUCGGUUACAAUAGAGGUCCGCCGGUCACACCAUCGUGUGGUAUUUCCAUUUUGUUGAAGAAGAGUCGGUUCCCGAACCAUGCUGUAAACGAACGCUGCCAGUACCCAAGCAGUUGUGGGGAAGAGCAAUAUGUCUACUAG